GUGACAUUUUGUCACAUUAGUUGCACUUGUGUCCUUUUACCUAACAUAUUGUCGGUAAUUCUACCAACAUUAAGGCUAAAAAUUCGCAACAAGAAGCAGAAGAGCUGUCAGUGGCCCCAUAAACCCAACAAGAAGAAGAGCUGUCAGUGGCCCCAUAAACCCAACAAGAAGAAGAGCUGUCAAUGGCCCAUAAACCCAACAAGAAGAAGAGCUGUCAGUGGCCCCAUAAACCCAACAAGAAGAAGAGCUGUCAGUGGCCCCAUAAACCCAACAAGAAGAAGAGCUGUCAGUGGCCCCAUAAACCCAACAACAAGAAGAGCUGUCAGUGGCCCCAUAAACCCAACAACAAGAAGCAGCAGAGACAUAAAGGCUCAUGGUCACCGAGGCUACAGUAACCGCACCAAAGGUCAAGAUGAUGAAAGUUAAGAAAAACAAAAUGAAGAAAGCUAAGAAGAAGCUGAAGAAAGGAUUAGAGAAUGUAGGCUCAGAGAGUGAGGGAAACACCUUGGAUCUGAAUCAGAAGCUGUAUCCCCUAUCUCACUAUGUGUCAGAUCAAGAGGAACUUGUCAAUCACAUGUUCACAACGAUUCGAGGAUCCAAGCUGGAGGCGAUGCUUCCACCGAUACUCAGGAACAUUCCUGUUAAAGAACUGAAGAAGCUGUGCCUACACGAGUUGCGAGGAAUGAGCAAGAAGCGUAUUCUCUGUUGUAUUAAUGGUCAGGUGAUGGAAGGAUCAUCUGGCAGUGAGGAAGAUGAAGAAGAAGAAAAGUUAGAGCAGCAAGUUGUUCCUGAGGAAAACAAGGCUCAAGAAAAUACCCCAAAGGAGAAAAGAAAGUCCAGCAGUGAGCAAAUACCUGAGGGAUUCCUCCUUAAAAAAAUCAAGGUGGAGCCAGGACUGGAAGACACAAGAGAAGGACAGGGUCCUGACACUGGUAAAAGUGUACUGGAACUUCUGGAGUUAGAGAUGAGAGCUCGAAUCAUCAAGACGAUGCUAGAGAAGGGCGACGAAGGGAAGAAAAUAGCUGAGGAUGCAAUAGCAGCAGUCAUGCAGAGUGCAAAGCAGAUAACGAAAGAAGGUAACAAAGUGAGGAAUGAGAAAGAGCCUGCAGUUCUGGAGACCGUGGCAAAGAAUGCUUUUGUAUCUGAGGCAAAAAGUGCUGUAGUAACUGAGGGAAAGGAAACAUUGCAGCAGAAGACAAUAGAAAAGGAAGUAGCUAAUGAAGAAAAGAAAGGUGACAAAUCAAAUAUCAGCAAGGAUGAAAGAUCAGGUCACAGGAGACAUCAUAGAUCAAGAAACGAUGACAGCCAUAAAGAGAACAAAAGAGGUAGAAACAAGAGAGAGAGAAGCCAUAGUGAUAGGAGUGAUGGUGGGGGACAUAGAAAAAGGUCAAAAGAAAUAGUAAAUUUAGAUAGACAUGUACAAAAGAAGAAGAAAAUUACCCGAAAAGAAUUUGAAGAGCGUAUGAAACGCGCCAAGAAAAAUAGAACAUAUCGUCAGCGUAAGACUUCAGAGGAUGAAGAAAAAGUGAGAGAGAAAGAUGAGUCGGAAGCAAAGAAAGAGGGGCUCAAUAAAGAUCAAGAAAAUGGUAAGACAGAGUUGAUCAAAAGUGGCAUGGAAGGAGAAGCCUCUCAGAGCAAACCUGAGGAAGCUAGUGGUGAGGUCUCAGAAAAGGAAGAGGGUGAACUUGACAGCAAUGAGGAAGAGGAGGGUGCAUGUACUCCAAGUGGUGUUUCAAGUGUAAGUAGCUACUCUUCAUCACCAAGUAGUUUGAGAAAAAGCUACAGCAGCAGAAGCAGAUCCAGAAGCUAUAGUAGAAGUUGCUCCAGAAGUCCAAUUAGGAGGAAAAGGAGGAGGAGGAGGAGGAGUUACACACGAAGCCGAACAAGGUCUAAGAGCCAAGAAAGGAAGAACAAAGGUGAAGGAAAGCGAAGUUAUGAGAGACAAAAUAGAGAACUGGUUAAAAAUGAGAGUAUAGGCAGAAGAGGCAGUGUAAAAAUACCACCAGUAAAUACUAAAGAAAACAAAGAGGAUGAGGAAAAUUGGGGACAAAAAUGUGAUAUUGAAUUUGUUGACUCAGAGGAGGACUUUGAUGACAGCCCCACCAAGGAGACAGCAGGCAAGAAGCCUCUGUCAAUCAGCAAGAGCCAAAUAAUAGAGCGAGCAAGCAUUAGCUUCUCACUCCAGAAGAAACCAGCACCGAACAUAACCCCUAGUAUAGAUUUAGAUGAUUUACCCUUGAAGCAGAGUCGUCUCAGUGGAAAAACUACUGACAUUUCAUCAGGCAUUGGAAUAAUUGAAAUGCCAAAGUGCAUUAAGAAAGCCAAUGAAGAAAUUGUUAUUAGCUCAGACAGUGACUCAGAAAAGCCAAUUAUAACUAUAACAACAAGAAAAAAUAAGAAAGUCAUAGACACUGCCAAGCAAGUGGCAUCAAAACAAACUGUUCCUUUUCCCAAGAAGGACAAAAUGACAAAAUCACAACCAGAAGUAAAGAUAGUGGCAGAACAAAAAAAUAAAAUAGAUGAAUCAGUUGCAACCAGUCUUAUUGCCACAGCAAAACACCAUAAAAAUGUGGAGAACAUAGAAGAUUCAAAGAAACUGAAUUCCGAUUCAGUUGAUACUACAGAUUUUAACACACAAUUACAAAAUAAAAGUGAAUUUACAGUAGACAUAGAUGAAAAUGAAGAUAUUAUUAAUUUAUGCCAGACAGCAAUGCAGGGACUGAAACUACACAGUGUCGACACCAGUAAGAUUCAAGUGAAAAUUGGAAAAGGAGUCAGUGUUGCAAUGGAAGUACCCACGGUAAGUGAUAAAAAUUCAGACAUGCAGAUAGAUGGAGAAAAGAUUAUUGUGGAUUCUUCUGAAAAAGAAAUGAAAGAUGCUUCUCACACUCUUAACAGUAAAAUGGGAAAUUCUGAUGUUCCAAUAGUGAAUAAACAAGAUGACCAGGAAGUAAUGAUUGCAGAGAGAGGCAGAGCUGAACCACCAGAGAUCUCACACAGCAUUUCUAAGUUAAUAAAUAGGCAGGAGAACCAUGAUUCAGAUAACAUAAAUAUUACAUGUAAAGCUGCAAAUAUAAUAGAGAGUGAAAGUGUAACUCUGGCAUCCAGGAAGAGCAUUUCCCUGGCAGUGAGUUGUGACUCAGAUGAAUAUCUCACUACAGGUGAAGCAAGUAAAAAUGACUUAAAUAACAGGGAUAAUGGAGGGACUGCUCAGCAAGACGUUACUACUAAAACACACGAGAUUUGUACGGAGGUUCGAGUAUCAGAAAAUGGUGCAGAUAAAGAACAUUAUCUCCAAGAACAUGAAGACAGAAUGAGAGAACACUCAUUUAUGAUUGAUAGUCAAAGCAAAGAAUGUAUAGCAAAAGGGAUAAAGGAAAUACAUGAAGGUUAUAAUAAUACCUCUGAGGAAUAUUUAAAGGAAGGGGAAAAGCAACUGGCAGCUACUGAAGAAGAUAGUAGAAAUAAGGAAAGUGAGAAUACUGAAGACAAGUUUAUUGAAUACAAAGUUAGGGAAGAGCCUACAUUGUGUAGUAAUAGUGUUGAAGAUCAGACAUUUACAGAGGAGGAAAAAGGAAAUGGCAGUGACACUACCGUGGAAAUCCCGGAAGACGAGAUUCCAGCUGAGACCAUUCGGAUUGAGACUGGGCUCAUUCGCAGGCGUGUGCUACGACAUCAGAAAGUAGAAAUGCAAAUGCCAGGUGUAUCCUGGACUAGAAAAGAGAGAAAGAAAAAAGAAAAAUCUAGGAAUACCCUCGUCAUGGAAGGCAUUGGCUUUUUAAAGAAUACACUUACAGAAAAUGCACAAAAUUCACCAUUAACAGAAAAUGAAAAUGCAUCAUUAAAAAUAAAUAAAUCUGAUGAAAGAUUGGAAAUUAAGGAAACAGACAGUAGUAACAUAGCAUCAUUGAACGAGACCAAUAACUCAUUUUUCUCGGAGGACAUCACACCAUCCUAUUCAACAAUGCAAAGUCCCAAAGAUGUUGAGAAAGAAAUUGCAACUUCUUCCCCAGAUGCUCAAAACUAUCAAGAUUUUGAUCCUAAAUCAGAUGAGAAGAGCCAGAAGAGAAGUGAUCAAGAAACGGAAAUUAUUGGAGUUAUCGAAACUAGUAAAGAUUCAAAUUCAGACAAUAUUGAUGAUAUUGAAUUAGGAGGAUCAAGUUGGAGUAUGAGAUGGCUUCAAAGUGAAAAAGUUCAGAAAGUUGUCACCAGCAGUAAGAUGUUGAGCCGUGUACGGAAAAAGAUUCAAAAGAAGGACAAAGCCACUAAAAUUGUAACAGAGAAGGUGGAAGAACCUCCCAGGAAGCCUGUAGAACCUCUUGUUCCAGUUAUUGGCAGCAUUGAGGAAUAUGAACGACUCUUUGGCACAACGGUUAAGAAAGAUGCAGAUGAAACAUCCAAGUCUCCUGGCACAACACUGCAAGCUACAGUGAAGCAAGUAGAGCAGACUAGCCAAUACUGUGCUGGACAAGACAAUGCUCCAGCACCAAACACAGCAGCUGCUCCAACUUUUGGGUCAGAUGAUGAAGGUGAAGACAGCGAGGAAGAAGCUCUUUGGUCAAAGAUAUUAGGAAAAGGCUGAUUUAUGAGACUGGCAAGCAAAUAAAAAAAGGAAGGAGUGUUACCUGGCACCUAAGUUUGCAGUGAAUGCUGUGUAAAAUGUGAUCAGUCACAGGUGUGAGGCCUGUGACAGUUCAGUGGACUCUGCAAGAAUUCUGGACAAGUAUUUCCACCAAGUGCAGGAUCAAUCAGGCUUUGAUGGAUAUGUGGGCCAGCGGGCCACCAGCAGCAACAGCCUGGUCCAGGGCCAAGAGUAGAAAAACCCUCAAAACUCAUAAAAGGCAUAUCAAGGUAAAGGGGUCCCAUCAUCCAGGGAACCGAGGCUAUCUUUCCCAUACUUGGAUCAAGCCUGAUGCUUCCCAUUUCCCAGCUGCUUUAUGAUUCCAGUAGGUUUAGUACUAGCCUGAAUUUAAUAAUAAUCUGGGUUGACCCUUAUGGGUUUUAGCACUUAGUUUUCAUUGUAAUAAUAAUCUGGGUUACAAGUGCUGAAUGACCCAUUCAUUUUAUUGUUUUUCAAAUAAAAUAAGGCACUGUUUUAUUCCUGCCAGAGUGCCAUUGAUGCAGCAGUUUGAUCUUACAUUAUUAUAUUAAAGGGAGUAGGGAGUGCUAAACCUGCCUCAAAGGAAUCACACCUGACAUCCCCUUCCUUGGAUCGAAUCUGAUUGUCUCCUGUUCUGCCAUGUACGUACUGUAUAACUUUAUAAAUUUAGCAUGCCUCUCUCCCACGAACAUAAUUUCCUGUCAGGGUCUUUUCUCUCUGUCUCUACCAUUGUUAUUUUGCAGGAAUGUACCUCCACACUGAUAGGUUUGAUGAACAGUAUUGCGACAGGUGUUAAUGUUGCAGUUUAAAAAGUGUAGUGUAAAGCACCCUUCUGGCAAGACAGUGAUGGAGUGAAUGAUGGUGAAAGUUUUUCUUUUUCGGGCCACCCUGCCUUGGUGGGAAUCGGCCAGUGUGAUAAUAAUAAUAAAAAAAAAAUAUUGCGACAGUUUAUAACAAAAUUCAAAAGUGGAUUUGAGAAUGUCUUUUAAAAAUGUAUGCUAAGCCUGUAUGGGUUAUAAUGAAAUAAAUAAUUCUGAAGUGGCUUCUAUGAAAGAUGAGGUGAAUCAUAGAAUUGAUGAGGGAAAAAGAGUGAGUGGUGCACUUAGGAGUCUGUGGAGACAAAGAACUUUGUCCUUGGAGGCAAAGAGGGGAAUGUAUGAGAGUAUAGUUUUACCAACGCUCUUAUAUGGGUGUGAAGCGUGGGUGAUGAAUGUUGCAGCGAGGAGAAGGCUGGAGGCAGUGGAGAUGUCAUGUCUGAGGGCAAUGUGUGGUGUGAAUAUAAUGCAGAGAAUUCGUAGUUUGGAAGUUAGGAGGAGGUGCGGGAUUACCAAAACUGUUGUCCAGAGGGCUGAGGAAGGGUUGUUGAGGUGGUUCGGACAUGUAGAGAGAAUGGAGCGAAACAGAAUGACUUCAAGAGUGUAUCAGUCUGUAGUGGAAGGAAGGCGGGGUAGGGGUCGGCCUAGGAAGGGUUGGAGGGAGGGGGUAAAGGAGGUUUUGUGUGCGAGGGGCUUGGACUUCCAGCAGGCAUGCGUGAGCGUGUUUGAUAGGAGUGAAUGGAGACAAAUGGUUUUUAAUACUUGACGUGCUGUUGGAGUGUGAGCAAAGUAACAUUUAUGAAGGGAUUCAGGGAAACCGGCAGGCCGGACUUGAGUCCUGGAGAUGGGAAGUACAGUGCCUGCACUCUGAAGGAGGGGUGUUAAUGUUGCAGUUUAAAAACUGUAGUGUAAAGCACCCUUCUGGCAAGACAGUGAUGGUGAAAGUUUUUCUUUUUCGGGCCACCCUGCCUUGGUGGGAAUCGGCCGGUGUGAUAAAAAAAAAAAAAAAAUAAAAGUGGCUUCUGUGGCAGGCUUAGGGUAAGGGGUUUUGUGUAUAAGUACCAACCCUCAUGUUGGUGAGGGGAUCUUGUUGUAAGUACCAAACUAAUUAAUACUUACUGUAACAAAAUUUAAAUGUAUUUUAAUAUUAUUACUACAUAGAAAGGUG